GGGCGUCCACGAAGAAGACGAGGAAAAACUAACUAGAGAACUAAGGCAGGCAAAACAGGAAGAGAAAACAGAAUGGAUGUUUCUCUCUCAUAGAUUCUUCUCAUGUCGUUUGACUCUUGAAAAAACAGUUCUACAGAGAAACACCCACAGUUCUUCAUGAAAAUGAAAGUGAAAGGGUAAUCAGUACUUUUUGUUGAUCAAGGUGCCGCGUCAGAAGAGGACAAAUAAACAACUACAAAUAUUGUCAUCAUUCAAGUCCAUGUAGGAUGAUGGCAACUGUUUUAGAGCUGCUUCAAGAUAUUCUAGAUGACCUGGAAAAAGACAAUCUGAAGAAAUUUAGGAGUCGCUUAAAACAAGAUGGACCUAUUGGAGCUGGUAAACUGGAGGAUGCUGGUGUCAUUGAUAUAGUGGAUAUAAUGAUGGAUAGUUUUGGAGCAGAAGAAGCUGUGAAGAUCACACUGAACAUCCUGAGGAAGAUGAACUGGAACCAGCUGGCUGAAGAGUUACAGAACAAGUACACUGCAGUGCAAACAUCAUUAAAGCCAGCUAAGAAAUGCACACGAAAACAAGAUGAUUUCUGGCUUCAAGAAUUCUUGAAAACUCACAAAAUGAACAUGAAGGAGAAAGUAGAACAUGUUUUUGAGUGUAAAAAGGAAAAUGAAGCACAUCUUAAGGAUGUUUUCACAGAACUCUUCAUUAUGGAGGGGGAUCUUAAAGAAGUCAAUCAAGAACAUGAGAUUAUGCAGAUUGAUAAAGCCAUUAAACCCCGUAAAUCACAGAACAGGCCAAUCAAAUGCAAUGAUGUAUUUAGUCUGAAAAAAAAUAAGAAAAAGAUUGUCCUCACCAAAGGCAUCGCUGGCAUUGGAAAAACUGUCUCAGUGCACAAGUUCAUUCUGGACUGGGCAGAAGGAGAAGCCAAUCAGGAUAUAGACUGUGUUUUCCUGCUUCCAUUCCGAAAGAUUAACUGCAUUAAAGACAGAAAGAUCAGUCUGCAUGAGUUUCUAAAGAGAUUUAAUCCUGAACUGGAGGACCUGGAAACAGCAAAGAUGUGUAAUAAGAUAUAUAAAUGUAAGAUUGCUUUUAUCUUUGAUGGACUGGAUGAGAGUCGACUGACUUUGGAUUUUGACAGUGGAAUGGUGACGAGUGUUGAGGAGCGAUCAUCUGUAGAUGAAUUGUUUACAAGUCUGGUGAAUGGGACUCUGCUUCCAUCAGCUCACGUCUGGGUGACCUCACGACCAGCAGCAGCCAAUCAGAUCCCUCCUGAGUAUGUAGGGUUGUUCACAGAGGUGCGAGGAUUCACUGACCAGCAGAAGGAAGAAUAUUUCAGAAAGAGAAUCAAAGAUGAGACUCAGGCCUCCAGAAUGAUCUCACACAUUAAGAAAUCUCGUAGUCUCUACAUCAUGUGUUACAUUCCAGUGUUCUGUUGGAUCACAGCCACUGUUCUUCAGGACAUUCCCAUUGGGAACAAUGCAGAGAACAUAAACACAACACUCACUGAAAUGUACAUCCACUUCCUGCUGAUACAGAUGAACAUGAAGAGCCAGAAGUGUGACAGAAAAACAGAAAGGAUCCAUACCAAGCUCUUAGAGUCCAAUAAAACAAUCAUUUUGAACUUAGCCAUGCUAGCGUUUGAACAGCUGAAGAAAGAAAACAUAGUGUUCUAUGAGGAAGAUCUGAAAGCGUGUGGUAUUGAUGUGAGUGAAGACAUUGAGUCCACAGGAAUGCUCACUGAGAUCUUUCAGCAAGAAGCUGUGAUUCACGAGAUGAAGGUCUUCUGCUUCGUGCAUCUGAGUGUUCAAGAGUUCCUCGCUGCAGUGCACGUGUUCCUCUGCUACCUGGACAAGAAAAUGGAGGAGAUUCAGUUUUUUUUUGAAGAAACACAAAAUGAGGUCAGGCCUGACCACAUUGACAAGCCAGACAAAAAUAUUGCUUUACAUGAUUUACUAAAGAAGGCUGUUGAGAAAGCAAUGCAAAGUCAGAAAGGACAUUUAGACCUAUUUUUACGGUUUCUUCUGGGCAUUUCACUGGAAUCGAAUCAGAGGCUGCUCAGAGGCCUGUUCUCUCACACUGAAGACAGCAAAGACAGUAUCACAGAAAUAACCAAACACAUUACAGAACAAUUACAAAACCAUGACAUAUCACCUGAAACUUCAGUCAACUUGUUCUACUGCUUACUGGAGCUCAAUGACAAUUCAUUAUAUAUAGAAAUCCAAAAAUACUUAAGAUCAUCUCCAGAAAGAAGAAUUUCGUCUUCCAUGUGCUCGUUGAUAGCUUACGUAUUGCUGGUGUCAGAGGAGGUGCUGGAUGAGCUCGACCUGACUAUGUACUAUACUACAUCUGGAGAUUACAUGAGUCUCCUGCCAGCUGUGAGAUGCUGCAGAAAAGCAAAACUCAUCUCAAGUUCUCUCAUUGAUACCAGCUGUGAAAUGGUGACUUUGGCCUUGCAGAUACCAAACUCACCCCUGAUAGAGCUGGACUUGAGUCACAAUAUCCCGAUGGACUCAGGAGUAAAGCUGCUUUCUGAUGGCCUGAAGAGCCCAAACUGUCAGCUAAAGAUACUGAGAUUGGCAGACUGUUAUCUCACUGGUCAGUGCUGUGAAACUGUGGCAUCAGUUCUACAAUCAUCAAACUCUCGUUUGAUAGAGCUGGACAUGAGUGAAAAUAACCUGCAGGAUUCAGGAGUGAAGCUGCUCUCUGAUGGACUGAAGAGCCCAAACUGUCAGCUGCAGAUACUGAGAUUAUUAGAGUGUAAACUCACUGGUCAGUGCUGUGAAAUUGUGGCAUCAGUUCUACAACUAUCCAACUCUCAUCUGAUAAAGCUGGACAUGAGUUUUAAUGACCUGCAGGAUUCAGGAGUGAAGCUGCUCUCUGAUGGAUUGAAGAGCCCAAACUGUCAGCUGGAGAUGCUGAGAUUAUUGGACUGUAAUGUAACAGAUGAAGGCUGUGGUUAUCUGGCUUCAGCUCUGCGUUCAGACCCCUCACAACUGAGAGAGCUUGAUCUGAGCUUUAAUUGCCUGGUAAAAUCAGGAUUCAAGGUGCUCUCUGAUCUACUGAAUGAUCCAAACUGCUCGCUGAACAAACUGGAACUGGAUACUGACAUUUGAACCGAGGAGCUUGUGCCUAGCAUAAAUGGGCAUGCGAGAUGAAGCCUCGAUUUGAGGCUUGUGUUGGUAACAUAGAAAUCAUGUGACAAAUGGCAAACGAAGCCUCACUUUCUGUACAAUCAUGUACGCAAUUCACUUUGCAUGUUGGAAUGUUCAAACCCCCAGAUCUUACUUUAUGAGUAGGUUUUCAUUCAGACUUAUUACAUUACAUUUUUAAAUAUCCAGUUAUACAAGUAAAAUGAAGAAUACAAAUUAUUUCAGGAAAAUAAAAUAUUUGCCAUAUGCAAUUCA